GUUUCCGAUUCACCACAGACUCCCCUCGACCAAAAUCGUCAGACAUCGGUGUUGCCUACCCUCCCGGGAAAGUCGGCUUCAGCGGAGGUUCCGGGUUUGCCAUCACGCGAGUGUCCAACUGCCCGAUGAAUGCGUGGGACUUUGUGCGUAAUGCCACCAGCACGGAGUCGGCUGUGAUGUCGUUGGUCAAUUUCGCACUCGAGAAGGCACCUCCAUACAAGAGUGUGUGGCUUAGAGCUCCCUGGAACUCAGACACAUGGAAACCCUAUAUCUGGACCUUCGACAAUGGUGGGUGGCAUGCAUAA